AUGAAUGAUCAAAUUGAAAAAUUCACACAAUAUGUAGUUAGAAAUUCUAUCGAAAAUAUUUGUAUAGAUAUUCCUGGUUUUUCUGAUCUUUCUGUUCUUGAUGCAUGCUGUUAUUUUGGAUCCGUUAAUAUUUUCCAUUACAUUAUUUCAAAUUUACGAAAAGAUAUAACACAAUCGUGUCUGAAAUACUCUUUUAUUGGUGGAAAUACAUUUAUUAUCAAUGAAUGUUUAAAAUGUUAUAAUAUAUAUAAUAAAUGCUUGGAGUAUAUUGUUGCAUCCCAUAAUCAUAAAUUUCUCGAAUAUGUUUUAGAUAAAAGUCUAUUUUCACCUCGCGAAAUUGAUUAUGAAACAAUUAUCAAUUCGAAAAACUUAAAAGCAGUAUUUCUUAUGUUUGAAAGAGAUAAAUUUUCAAUAAUUCCAUGGUGUGCAGCAUUUUCACAAACUAUUGAUAUCUUUCGCAAUGAAAAUUUGGAUUUUUCCAAGAAAUCGUCGAAAUCACAAAAUAUUCUUCAUUUUGCAGGUGCUCAUAAUACUAUAAAUAUCUUAGAAUCAUGGCCAAACUACAUUCAAUACAGUAGAAUGAUAGUGAAUGCAAAGGUUAAUGAUGGGAAAACAGCGCUUCAUUAUGCUUCGAUAAAAAGUUGUAAAGAAGCAACUGAAAUUCUCAUUUUGCAAGGAGCAGAUGUUAAUUUAAAGGAUAAUAUGGGUUUAACAGCUCUUCAUCAUGCUGCAUUAAAUGAUAAUAAAUAUAUAGCAAAAAUUCUUAUUUCACAUGGCGCUUAUAUUAAUUCAAAAGAUAAUGUAGGUAAUACAGCACUUCAUUACGCGGUAAUGAAGAAUAAUGAAAGUACAAUUGAGGUUCUUGCUUUUCAUAAUGCUGAUGUUAAUGCAAAAAAUAAUGUUGGUAUAACCCCACUUUAUACUGCUGCGGAAUAUGAUAAAAAGGAUAUAGCAAAGUUUCUUAUUUUGCAUGGUGCUGAUGUGAAUGUUCGGAAUGAUGAUGGAUUUACCAUUCUUCAUUGUGCAGCAUGGAAAAAUAGUAAAGAAACAGCAGAGCUUCUUAUUUUGAAUGGUGCAGAUUUUAAUGCAAAAGAUUAUAAUAACGAAACCCCACUUGAGUUAGCAGCCAAUAAUAAUAAAAUUGAAGUUCAAAAUGUUCUUAUUUCAUAUGUAACGGGUGCGAAAACUGUUCCUAAAGUUAUUGAAAAUAAGAAAUAUACUAGAAAUAAUAAUGUAUAUUCAAGUAGUCAAAACACUCCACAAAACAACAACAAUAUAUUAACACAAAAUCGUACUUCAUAUAGUCAAAAUACGCCACAAAACAACAACAAGAUAUUAACACAAAAUCGUACUUCAUAUAGCCAAAAUACUCCACAAAAUAAUAACUACACCAGAACCAAAAAUGAAUAUCCGACAAAUAAUUAUUCUCCUCAAUUUAAUAGCAAAGUAUCGGAACAAAAACCUGCUUCAUAUACACCUAAUAACUAUACAAAUGUUAAAAUUGAAUUUUCGACACAUUACCAUACUCCACAAUAUAAUAAAGGUUUUUCACAAAACUUUGUUUCAUACAGUCCGAGUAAUUAUGCAAGAGACAAAAGUGGAUACUCAACACUCCUUAAUGCUGUCCGAAAUAAUAAUUUAGAAAUGGUAAGGAAUCUUAUUUCUCGUGGUGUUAAUAUUAAUGCUAAAGAUAAAGAUGGAUGUACUGCACUUCAUAUUGCUGUGCAAAAUAAUGAUGAAGAAAUUGUUAAGAUUCUCAUUUCACAAGGAAUAGAUAUCAAUUCAAAAACUGAUGAUGGAAAGACGCCUCUUCAUUAUGCAUCUGAAUUCAAUAGAGUAGAAAUUGCCCGGUUUUUGAUCUCUCAUGGUGCACACAUCAAUGCUAAAGAUAAAAAUGGAUACACUUGUCUCCAUUUUGCAGCGAAAAACAAUUGUAGCGAUGUUGUAAGACUUCUUAUUUCGAAUUGUUCUUAUAUCAAUGUAAGAGAUUACUAUGGACUUACACCUCUUCAACUUGCCGAUAGAUUUCAAUGUAAAGAAACGGCAGCUGUUAUUGAUCCAUCACGAAAUAAACGCAAUUCAUCUGGUGAAGAUUGUGGAGUUGUUUGUACUUUUUUCACCUUAUUUUGUAUGCUUUAUAGAUUUGCUUCUUAUUGUUUCUAA